CUGAGUUACUGUUUACGCUCAGUCAGCAUAUCGUCGAGUCUUCCGAGUGUAUUUCAACAAAUAGGUCCCAGUCUGCAGUGGUGUUUAUAUUUCUAUGUGUUCGAAGGCCUUAUUUCAUGAUUUUUCUGAUAUCGGGAUGCCUGAAGAACACAUCAGUCUCAAAACUGAUUUAAAUGGCAGCAUAUCGCAGAAAUGGAAAAAAUUACGCCAGUGCUGUUCGUCGCUGCGAGGCGUCACUUUUCAUAAUUCCGAACCGUCAAAAAGUGCUUUGCUCGAACAAUCUAGUCCGCAUAUCCUAGUCAGCACACCCCAUACCACUUCGUCUCUUCGCAUCCCUAGUAGUACCAAAAAAAAUAGCGUCCAGGAAGUUUUACGAGCGAAAUUUAGCCAAAUACACGUAGGGUUAAGAAGAAGACGUGCCUUAUCCGUCCAGGAAUUUUUCCAACCUCCUGGAAACGGUCCGGAACAACCAAAGACUGCCUUUUACGUACCCUCGCCUACAUCUACAACGCCGCCACGGAAAUCACCUUCUUUUCAAUCCGCAUCAGAAAGAAAACCCAGGCCUAGGCAAAGGGCGUCCUUAAAUUUAAGCUUGGCAAGCAACGAAUAUGCCAGUCAUUAUUAUUACGAACCGCCUCCCGACUAUGACGAAGAUAAUAAUCUUCAGCGGCACAGGAGAUGGUCCGUGGCUAUUAAUAAUCUACCGGAGCAGUCACCGAGAACUAAGUUAAGCCACUUAGAAAACGUGAGCAUAAAAAUACCGAAAACAAAGCUCAACAACACCAAACAUCACCUAGACCGGGCAAGGUCACAGUCGCCCAACUGGAACAAAAAACAUGCUGAAUCCAUUAGGGCGGAAAAUAACGCCGGGUUUAAUUCCCAAGUAACCGACUCCAAAAGCUAUUACGAAUUAUCGGGUGUCAGACAAAAACCGGAAGUGAAACCGGACGGUAAACUCGAACGUGAGCAACAGGACUCGAUCGAAGAAUUAGAAGAAAUAGAAGAAGAAGAAAGCAAAUUUUGUACAUUGCCGCGGGGAGGCAAUACGUUCACGAUACGGCAAGUCAUGUUCCAGAAGGGUGCGGAAUUCAAACCGCUAGGGUUCAGUAUUGUCGGAGGUAGGGAUUCACCGAAGGGUAGUAUUGGAAUAUACGUCAAAACCAUAUUUCCCAACGGGCAGGCGGCGGAAAAUGGCAGCUUGAAAGAAGGUGAUGAAAUUUUGGCAGUAAACAGCAAACCCCUUCAUGGAGCAUCUCAUAAAGAAGCUAUAAAUGUAUUCAAACAAAUCCGAUCAGGCUCCGUAUUACUUCACAUAGGGAGAAGAAUUCUUAAAAAGCAGCGCGAAAGACUAAAUUAAUAAUGUAGGAUUACGUUUUUUUUUUUUUUUUUGUAAAUCUUAACUCUCUAUACCAAAGACAUUUUUACCAAUUUAAUAAGAAGUUUCAAUAUUAAUUUAAUUAGCGUUUAAUUUGACUUUACAUGUGUUACUUGCGUAUAUCACCCAUAAAGAAACAAUAGUAAUAUUUAAAAACUAUAUACAUUGUACGAAUUUGAUUACUAACAGAUGAUACCGGUAAAAAAAUCCACCCGUUAUUUAUAAUAACUCAAUAUUAUUUCAAAGUUAAAAUUGGUGGAUAUUAUUAAUAUAAUCAGUUAUUCUAGUAUAAUGUGAUACAAAUUAUUUUAUAUGUUUUUUAAUAAAUUAUACAUAAUU